UAUCAGUGUACAGAAUACAUUUAUUCCAAGAUUUGAUGUCAUUUUGAUGUACGUGUUUAAAGUUUUAUAAUCUAUUUUUUGCUCUCUUACAUUCAUUCAUUCAUUACAUCAUUCACAUUCAUAUCGUAAAUCGUUCUAUUGUUCAAUGAAAAAAAUAAAAUUAAAAAUGCAAUUUGUCAAACGAGUACGAGUACAACAACGAAAGUCAAAAUAAAUAAUGUACUUUAUUUACACAAUAUCAUUUUAUUUAAGUUGUAAUAGUUGUUUUAUGUCGUCGUUAUAAAUACUGAAUUAAUAGAUUACCUUAGUAUCUUAUUGUGUAUUAGGAAACUUGAUCAUGAAUAGCAAGAUAUUAAACACAAUAGCUAAUGCCAUCGAUAAUAGAGAAGAGUUGAAAAAAAGAAUAGAAAAUGGCAAAAUAAUUCAUCAAGAAUUAUUAAAUUGCAUACAAAAUUGCCACAAUCGGUUUGGAGGGAAGUCAGAGUUAGCCACGGAAGAUGAUAUAAGAAUAGCUCAACUAUGUGAAAAAUGGGAGAAAUUGCUUAGCCAUGGCAUUAGAACUAAUUUAUCAAACUCAGCAAUUCAGAAUUUGGUUACAGCAGGUUUAAACUUCACUUUUAAUAUUGUUAAUGUUGGUAACUCUCUCUGGAGUUACACUUGCUUACAUUUGACGAAACAUGAAAAAGAAAGAUUUAAAAUUCUAACGAAUAUUAACACACCACUUGGAUACUUCAGAGCAUUUCUUAGAGCUGCUUUGAAUGAAAGGUCUCUUGAUAGAUAUCUUCAAAGCUGGAUAAGUCAUGGCCUGCUAAUGGAAUAUUAUGAAGAAGGUGCUCUGGUCCGAGGACCUGAAACAUCACAUCUCUUUCCAAGCAUGGCUGCAGGUUUAUCAACAGUAUUGUUUGCAUUAUCAAUUGACAGACUAGAGUUGAAUGACUCACAACAAGCUAAUCAAACUAACAAAGCAGAACAUGUGAUACCUUUACCAAUGCCAGUAAAAUCAUCAAGUAAUUUGAAACGAAAACCACUGAGACAAGUUAUAUCCUUUGACAAAAAUGAACAGAAAAAUACUAAAAGUAAUAAGAAACAAAUAUUUGGAGCAACAGAACAAGUUGAUAAUUCUGCUUGGAACAGUGCACCAGCUACUUGCCUCAAUUCACCAGAUCCCAAAAUAGUUGCCCAGGCAGCCUCAAGCAGCGAACCAACUAGUUCAGAAUACAAAACCAGUUUAAGGCAUUUUUUUCCUGACAGUGUCAAAGUUAUGGACAGUCCUUCACAAAUUCUCUCCAAACUUUCUGAAUGUGCAAAGGAAAUAUUUUCAUCUUCUAGCAGUAUUGAUGUAAACAAUGUCAUCAAAGAUGAUGUUUCGGAAUUAAGUGUAAAUAAUUUAAAAAUAUCAGAAAGUGACAGUGAGGAAGUGGCGGGAAGUAUUGAUGGUAGUACUUCAUGUCUAGAACUUUGUUUCACAGAGGACGAAAGUACGCCGGACGAUAAGACAUUAAAUGCGAUAUUAGAAAGUAAGGAAAGAGAGUAUUUAAAUUUACAACUAAAAUACACUCAAAUGGAAGUAGCUAGUAAGGAAAAAAUUAAAAAGUUAGAAAAUGUAGUAUUGGAUCUGAGCAAAGAAAAUGAUCGAUUAAAAGAGCAACUGCGGCAUUACAUGUCAGCUGUUGAAAUCGCAAAAGCUUUAAAAACUGAAAACGUCGAUAACACAGAAGUUGAUCAGUACGAAAAAAAAUUGGUUCAGGUACUAUGUCAUACAUAAUUAUAAAUAUAUACAUACAUAACAU